UGUACACCUAUACUAUAUAUUUUGUUUGAUGCUUUGUCACUACAAUAGGCUAUUAUCAUGUACCAAAAGAAAUGGUUGGAUUUAGCUUUAGACCGAGGUGCGCGGAGAUGAGUGGCGGAGACCAAGGCGCGCGUGGACAACAGUGGAUGCAUCAAUUCAAGCUAUAACUGUAGGUCUAAUGACAAUCGCAGAAUAUCAUUAGAAUACACGUAGGUGUUUUAUAACAGAUGUCUCUUUCCAUCUAUUAAAUUGCGGGUGCACAGUGCACUGUUGGAGUUCGUAUGCUGAAAUUAUUUUGUGAGUGAAGAAUGUGCGCGGGUAGACUACAGAAGCGCCUUUGUUAAAUUAUUGUUUGACAAUCAGACGAAAACUUCAUGACUGGUUGUGUUUCUGCCACAUAGGCGGCGUGUCCAUAAGGCUAAGCUUCCCCUAAAGUAAAUGUAAUUAAAUUGCCAAAAAUAUAUUGCCUAAUUAGCGUACUCCUGUUUAUACAGAAAUAAAUACACACACUCAAAAUAGGCUACACCAGAAAGCAUGAUUUGGCCACAGAGGAUCAUUAGCUUCUUCUUUUUUAAGGCUGUGGAUUAUUUUAUAUCGCGUUGCCUACAGUUGGAAGGGCCCGAGUUUUGGAAUAUUUUUGGAGUAUUGCCUAGUGUGAGACAACUUCUGAACAACGUCGUCUCCACCAUGAUUGACACAUGACUAAAAUAUCAACAGUGUAGCCCUGGUAAUUGUUUUAAUUCCGCAGAUAAUAAAUUAUAUAUUCUCAGGUGAGGGAGAAGUGUGAUGUAUUGACACGGUGUUUAGGUCUGGGGUCGUGUUUCAGGCGCGUUGCUAUUGGCUGGUUCUGUGAUGCGCGCCGUUGACUGGCUGCGGAGGAAGAGACUGCGCUCACAAAAUAAACUGCCAGCCACAUCACAUGCACUCUUCUGUCUGAGGUGCGUUGAGUGGACAUCGGACCUACUGAGGAAGUUGUGAACCGUUUUCGAUUCAUUGUUCUAUUAGGAGUCAAUUAUUGACCAAUGAUAAAGUAAUCAAUUUGGAAUUCAGACAGACACGAUAAGAGAAAUGUUGUGUCUUCAGGACUCUGAAGACUGUCUGGUGGACCAGAUGCAGUACAUGAGGUCGCUGCAGGACCUGAAGCACAUGAGCCGACCGCUGAGCGAUCCCUCUGGCCGCUCCUAUGCCAUGACCCGUGCCUGCCAGCAGAGGGCUCAGCAGCGGGAGCGCCUGUCACGCCUCCGUAGGCCCAUCUCUGAGGCCAGUACUUACGACUCAGCUUGCUGCCUGGCCAGCCCCAUGGAGGAGGAGGAGCAGGAAGGGCAGAAGCGGUUAAUGCAAGGCUCCCCCAGCAGUGUCAAGAGUCUGGAGUUUGACUCUGGCUACUCUGAGGCAUCCUGGCAGGACGAGGAUGUGGUGCUCAGGAGGACCAGGAACGUACGUGUGUCUAACUCCGCCUGCCUCCGCACCAACCGGGGAGUGGGUCCCGCCGGCCGGAUCCGGCCCAAAUCCACUUCUGACGCUUGUCUGGAGCGCUGGACAUCAUUUGAGGCGAGCAGCGACCCAGAAGACUGGACCACGUCACUACUGAGCCGCAGCAGGAACAGACAGCCCCUGGUGCUGGGGGACAACAGCUUCGCUGACCUCAUUAAGAACUGGAUGGACCUGCCAGAGUGUCCUGAGCCAGCAGAACUCAAGCCCCACGCAGGCCGGCGCCUGGCAAAGGACCUCCUGGUCAACAUGAGGAGGAAGCUGGCAGGGAUGUCUAAGAGCGUGGAGAUGAGGGCCAGACCAGCAGACAGCACCAGGGUCAGCAGGACCGCGGUGGCCCCCAAACGCAUGUCCUGCCCCGUGGGCUUCCAGCCACGCAAACCGUUCUUUCACCAGUCCCACACAGGCCUGCACCAACUGGGAACAGACUUCUACCAGUUCACUGCUCUCAUGAAGACAGGCAGCCGACAACCUAUCAUAUGCAAUGACAUCAUCGGGUACGUCUGAUUGGAGUAUAGUCAAAACUAUGGAUUCUUACCACAGAUGUACAUAAUGUUAUUUCACUUUUUAUAUGUGCUUUAUGUUUAAAUAAUGUACAAUAAAAAUGUUUGUCUAUUGAAAAUA